AUGACAACGAGGGUCUUGUUUCUUAUCGCUGUCAUGUUUGGACCUAUCUUUGCUUCUAUGCCGCCUUGGGCGACUGGACCGACACUCAUUCUUUUGGUUAUCCUAGACGCAUUGACGGAGAUCAAUUGGCGCUAUAUCGGCGACACCAUUCCCUCUUUCCUCGUUAUCGCUUUCGUUCCUUUCUCAUACAACGUCGCCUACGGGAUCAUUGCCGGCAUGCUUCUCUACACUACAGUCAACGUCCUAGUUGCACUAACGGUCCGCAUAUCGGGUGGAAGAUUGGAGUCUGAGAACUACGACUUCAAAGAGUACUGGACGUGA